AUGCAAAAGGAGUGGGUCGAUCUGUUAGUCUAUGGAGAUCGGCGGAGCAUUUGGAAGGUUGUAAGAUGUCGUGCAUCGUUGCCAGCGGUUCUUGCGGAUAUGAAAAAGGAGGAAUGCAGGGAUAAAUUCAUACGUACGUUGGAGGCUCCUCUGAAUUGGACUCCCUCAAUAGGAGUAGAUGUGGACAAGAUCAAAAAUGAUGUAACAAGUCGAGUCAAAGAAACUCAAGAUUUAACGGAAGCUAGAGAGCAGUUAGAAAGAAAACUGCAACAGGAGAUGUAUCCUGAUGAUCCGCUUUCACUCACUCUCACCAUGGAAUCUAACAGAAAUGAGGAUUUUCUCAACAUAACACCCAGUGAUGGUGAUGAUGUAGAUGUGGGUAACGGUGACGUUGAUGAUGAUGAAGACGACGACGACAGUUACGUUGAUGAGGAUGAUGGUGGCCAUGAUGAUGAUCAUGAUGCUGAUGAUGAUGGCGUAGAUGUCGACGAUGAUGAGGAUGACGAUGAAGACGUUGAUAGUGUUGACGAUGAUGCAUAUAAUAAUGACAGCGGUCAUAGCGAUCGUACCGGUAGUGGAAUGAGGAGAGUUGAAGAAGAGAUACAGUCUAGCGAUCACAGCGAGCAAGCUGAAAGCAGUGACAACGAUGAUAUAGAAGGAAGUGAAGUCGACGUUAACAGAUCAGAGCCUACUGAAGAAUCACUUGAUAGCGAUUACACGGAAAAUAUUUUUGACACCAUGGACAUCCUUGAAAAUCUUUCCCGACAAGUGAUUCGACCACUAGCUGUUCUAGCCUCCUUAGCUGGUAUUGAUGUUGAAGAAGAAGAUCAAGAAGAUAGCCAUGGACAGGAGUUCAACGAAGAAGAACCAGAUGAUAGCGUCAUCAGGAGCGACGCUUUUGGACGCUGUACUAUCUGUUUCGAGGAGGUUCCUUACGAUCCAGUCGGCUGUCUGUACUGCCAACAAUCAAUUGGCUGCAGAAGAUGUGUGAUUCGCUGGUAUGAAGCCUUAGACCAUAGGAAUAAUGCCGAUUUCGAUAUACUAGGAGGUCAUCCGCCAGUGAACCACAAGAAGUGUCCGUUAUGUAGGCACGUGUGGGAGGAACAAGCUGAAGUGACGAGUAUGUUUCUGCUCAAAGAUGACUUCCCAUAA